AUGGCCAGGAUUUUCUCUGCCUUGCUGCUCUCUUUGCUGCUCCUCCUCCAGAGCUACACCGUGUGCGGGGCCCCUCCGCAGCCCAGAGGCACCCUGUGCAGGACCAAACCCACGGACCUGGUGUUCAUCAUCGACAGCUCCCGCAGCGUCCGCCCGCACGAGUUCGAGAAGAUCAAAGUCUUCGUGUCGCGCGUGAUCGAGGGGCUGGACGUGGGGCCCAACUCCACCAGGGUGGGGCUCAUCAACUACGCCAGCGCCGUCAAGAGCGAGUUCUCCCUCAAGACCUACCACACCAAGGCCGGGCUCCUGCAGGCCGUGAGGAGGAUCGAGCCGCUCUCCACGGGCACCAUGACCGGCCUGGCCAUCCAGUUUGCCAUCAGCAGGGCCUUCAGCGACUCAGAAGGGGGCAGGGUGAGGUCUCCCAAUUUUAAUAAGUUUCCUUCUCGAACCGCUUUUGAGGAGAGCGUGGUGUCUGACCUGUGUGCCACUGGAGACCAUGACUGUGAGCAGAUCUGUGUGAGCACCCCAGGAGCCUACAAAUGUGCCUGCAAGGAGGGCUUCACCCUCAACAACGAUGGCAAGACCUGCAGUGCUUGCAGUGGUGGGCUGGGAUCUGCUCUGGAUCUCGUUUUCCUCAUCGAUGGCUCCAAGAGUGUGAGGCCUGAGAACUUUGAGCUGGUGAAGAAGUUCAUCAACCAGAUCGUGGACUCUCUGGAGGUGUCAGACAAACAGGCCCAAGUGGGGCUGGUUCAGUACUCCAGCUCUGUCAGGCAGGAGUUUCCCCUGGGGCAGUUCAAGAACAAGAAGGACAUCAAAGCAGCAGUGAAGAAAAUGUCCUACAUGGAGAAAGGGACCAUGACAGGCCAGGCUCUGAAGUACCUCGUGGACAGCUCCUUUGCCAGCAUCAACGGGGCCAGGCCCGGCGUGCCCAAGGUGGGCAUUGUCUUCACUGAUGGCAGGUCCCAGGAUUACAUCACAGAUGCUGCCAAAAAAGCCAAAGACUCAGGCUUUCGGAUGUUCGCGGUGGGAGUCGGCAACGCCGUGGAGGACGAGCUGAGGGAAAUCGCUUCCGAGCCCGUGGCUGAGCACUAUUUCUACACUGCUGACUUCAGAACCAUCAGCAAGAUCGGGAAGAAGCUCCAGAUGAAGAUCUGUGUUGAGGAGGAUCCCUGUGAAUGUAAAUCCAUCGUGAAAUUCCAGACCAAAGUUGAAGAUCUCAUCAAUUCAUUGCAGCAGAAAUUGGAAGCUCUGGCAAAAAGGAUCGAGGCCCUGGAGAACAAGAUCAUCUAAAGUCCCAGCACAGGAUUUUUUACCUCCUUCCUAGAACUCCUCCACUUGUCAGGGAGGGCAGCUCAGCCACAGAGCUCUGGCCAGCUUGUAUUUGAGUUCUAGAAUACCUGCAUUUGUUUAAAAGGGAAGAAAUAUAACAGUAGAGCAUUGUAUAAUGGGCAGAGCACUGUGUGUUGCAUCAUAUAGAGUGCAUAUAUUAAAACAAAAAAAAAAUCUGCAAAGAUUUGUUUUUGAUUUAAAGCUUAAUAUAUAUAUGUGUGUUAAUAAGUCCUGGAUGAUGAGCUCUGUGAAUCCUCGCUGUGUUCUUCUGCAGCUUCUGUUUCUGUGCAUGA